AAGACAGUAUAAAAGACCCAAGAUAAAAGCGCACACACUAGUUAAAGGUCCGGUUGCUGCAUGACUGCUUGGUCAAUCAACCAGACACUAAGUAAGUGUCAUGUUAUUGACAGCUCAUAACUGUCACCAUAUCUUAUGCAGAAGAGCAAAGGAUUUCUAAAUGUACAGAAUCUGUUGUAAGUAUUUUAAAUAUUACACAUUAACCCAUAGUAUCCUUGGUUGAGCUGUAAUAUAUUUCAUAUAUUUGCCCUUUUCUACUUUGUUUAGGAUGAUAUCAUGUCUUCAGCUGGGCAAUGUCCUACAAUGUGUCAUCUGAUCUGUCUCUUCAGGGCUUCGAUCUGUCUCCUGAGAAGGCCAUUGUUGCGUUUGUCUUUGCCGCUCUGAAUUAUAUAAUUAUAUUGUUCUGCAACUCCUUCCUCUUGUUCACAAUCAUAACCAAUAAGGGACUUCAUGAACCGAUGUACAUUCUCCUGUUAAAUUUGCCUAUUAAUGACCUCAUAGGCUCCACUUGCUUGUUCCCUCAUAUCAUGCGGGAGCUCCUGUUUGACACCAGGACCAUGUCGUUCUCCAUUUGUAUCACUCAGGCUUUCUUUAUACAUGUAUAUGCUGUAUCUGUGGUCUUCAUCUUGACUGCCAUGGCAUACGACAGAUAUGUUGCUAUCUGCCAGCCAAUGAGAUACACUACCAUUAUGAACAACGUUCACCUCAUGAAGAUCAUCUCGUUGGUUUGGCUCUCUAAUUUGACACUGAUAGCCGUGCUUUUCAUUCUCCUCCUGCGUUUGCCUCGCUGUAGGUCUUACCUUACCCAUCCGUACUGUGACAAUCCCUCCCUGCUUCAGUUGGUCUGUGGAGACACGACCAUUAAUAACAUUUAUGGACUGUUGUUGACAGCUGUCUGUCAGGUGAUAACAGUUGGUCUGAUUUUGUACACAUACCUACAGAUCCUCAUAGCCUGCUUUCGCAACAAAAGCUCUGACACGAGAAGUAAAGCUCUGCAGACGUGUGGUACACAUCUAGUUGUCUUUAUCUUGUUUGAGUGUUUGGGUCUUUUCACGAUCAUCUCAUACAGGAUAAAAGAUAUUUCUCCUCACUUAAGAAAAUUCAUUGCGGUUGCUGCUAUGAUAUUGCCACCGAUGAUGAAUCCUGUUAUAUAUGGAAUGAGAACUAAAGAAAUCAGGGUCAAAGGGAUCCAAUUUUUCAAGAAAAAAGUUUUUGCAUCAUGAACAAAUAACUUUUAGAAUCACAGUUUAGCAGGUUGUGACAUGUCCUGAUAUAUAAUUUUCUGCUGGAGUUAAUUUGACUGAUAUUUAAAAAAGGGCUAAAUGCAAUUCCAGUUUAUGACCAACAAGAUACAAACCUAAAACAAUUUUUAAAAUGGUACCAGUGGCACAUACAUACAGUAAAUACACAUAUACACACAAUAUAAAAAUAUAUUUUAUAUUGUAGUCUAAUUUUUAAAAUUACAUUUAUUAAGCUGAGUAAUGAGCCAAGAUCCUUGGCGUCUCAGAACACAAGAUCGGUUACAUGUAUGCCAAAAAAUAAAAAAAUAAAAAAAUAUUGUGUUUUACAUUUCUAGAUUUAAACACUCUUUUUCUUAAUACCUCUAAUCUUUUUACAAGAUUUUACAAGUUGUUUAGUACUAUUAUCUAACCCUAACCAGCAAGAAUUCAUAUUUCUUCAGGAUGGUUUAUGCUGGUUAGAGCCGACAUAAUUUACAGAUCAAUAUUUCAAAUGCAGUCAUGACAAAGAAUUAUCCAAACUGCAGUUUGUCCUGAAUCACUUUGAGUAUACUGCCCUCUGCUGCUUAUUGAGAAAUAGUGCAGAUACUGUAUGCAUAUUAAAUAUUUUCAAAUACAUUAUUCUAAAACAUUAAAUAACCUUAAUAAUUAGAAAUAUAUACUUUUAUUUCUUAAUUUCUUGAUUAUGGCUUUGCUAGCUGCAUUAUUUGCAUGUAUAAUGUUUCAGGAUGGUUUAGGCUGGUAAGAGCCAGUAUAGUGCUUAUACAGUGCUGGUCCAGCCGGCACUCCCACUUUCCAUGCUGAGGACCGGCAACCAGCAUCCCAUGCUGGGCCCAGCAUGCAAAACAUACCUUAUACUGGUUAUAUAUUCUGUUGAAAGACUGACUCUCCAAACCAUUUUGUGUCCUGUAUACAUUUUGGCCUUACAUCCUAAGUGGACAAAUAGCUCACAGUAAGAUGAGGGAAUAAAGGAAGCUGUGCAGCACAGACCAAAAAAAACUAACUUUUAACAUUAUAGUCUUCAACUCUUCAAUUAUACUCUGAGCAUUUCAGGAGAAAAAUAUUUGUUUUGCUUUGUCUUUUGUUUUGCUCUCUGCUCUCAAGUAUGAUUAAAAAGCCUUGUGAAAAAAGUAA